AAUGUGCCAAAUAGUAACAUUCGCGCCGCGAAGAGAAACAGCCUAAUUUAUUGUGUUAUUGAUAAAAAGUGCGGGUUUUUACUUUUUAUCGCAAUUGUACGUAAUUGGUUUUAGUCAAAUCGGUGGCUUUGUGGUCAGUGCACGUGAACAUGUUUUUUAAAUUGUUUUUGUUGGUGACUUUUUUGACAAAAGUAUCACCGUCAAAGGUUGUCGCCGAACAAGAUUACUACAAAUAUGACGAAUACGACGAUUACCAAUACGACGAUCCCUCAUUACAUAAAGUGGAAACCAAAUCAACAAACAAACCAACACUUAAAGCUGAAACAACUCCAUACAAAUAUACAAAAGGAGAACCAACUGAGAGUGCAACAAUAAAAUGGCUGAAAAAUCUUGUAAAUGAAGAUUUUGAAACUAAUGACUCGUUAUCGAAGUCUAAUGAAGCAGCAGACAAUGAAGAAGAAAUAACAUACAUACUUACAGACAGACCUUCUGUAGAAGAAGAUAAACCUAGUUAUGAAGUUACUGAAAUUGUUGACGACAUACCAAACACUGUUACUUUCAAACCUAUAGUGACUAAUUUCACAAUCAAAGUACCAUUGAAUAACGCAACUACUGUUACUUCCAAUGCAAAUAGUAUUAAAGACACUAAUGAAAAUAAGAUUAACAAGGGUAAUGUCCCAAGAAAGACUUCAAUUAAUAUUUUCCAUGUAAACGCUGAAAUUGAGGAUGAUAAAGAUAAGAAACCAGUAAUUCAAAAUAUAAAUAUCCAUAAAAUACCUUUUGGUAUUUUCAAAGUGAAAGAUGAUACACCUAAAAUUAAAGAAGACGUGUUUAAUCAUAUAUAUAGCACUGAAUUGUAUGACGAACCACAUAAAGGUCAUUACUUCCCGAAUAUAUUCGCUGCGCCAGGGAACUUUCUUCGAAGAUUAAGAGAUAAAGGAGCCGCUUUAUAUCAUAAGUUUUUUUAAGCUUGUAAAUGGAUGGUGAGUUUAAAUAAAUUAACAAAUGUAUA